AUGUACAAUCCUUACCAAGCACCUGGACAAUAUGGCCCACCAGGAGACUACAGCAGUUUCCCUGGCGCGCCGCCAGGCAUGGCGCCUCCUCCUGGUAUGGCACCUCCCGGCAUGGGAGCCCCUCCAGGCAUGCAGCAGCAAGAAGCUCACCAACCCGGCAGACCUGGAGGCUUCCCAGCGAACUUCCAACCGCCGGCAAACAUGCCCAACAUCAAUUUUUCGGCGCCCGUCAUCCGCCUCGGAACCUCUGGCCCCGCGAAGCCCGAUCAUGCAGGUGGGAGGGAUGAACGCGAGAGAGGCGGCGGCGGGGGCGGGCGCAGACCGGGCCUUGGGGCGGGCAUGGGCUCAGACUUCCGCGGUGACCGUGGAGGCGCUGGCGAAAGAGAGCGCAUCACACAGGUCCAGCCGCAGACGAAGGAGGAGAUCAUCAAGACUAUUUUCGUCGGUGCGAUUACAGAGGGUGCUGGUGGGGAUGAGGGUAUCGAACGCAUCCUGCGUACCGUGGGCACUUUGAGGAGAUGGGUCCGCGCCACGGACGCUGACGAGAAGCCUUGCAAGUUUGGCUUUGCAGAGUAUGAGGACCCCUUGAGUCUCAGCACCGCUAUCGAAGUUCUGCGGGAUGUCGAGGUGCCCGUGAAGCGACAGACUCCCACGGCGGACGCGAAGCAAGACGAGGAGAGUGAGGUGGAGAUGUCAAAAUUGAUCAAAGCUGACAUUAUUGCUCAGAUCGUCGCAGAUGACAAUUCGUUGAGUUAUAUCGAACAGUGGGAGGAGACUCAUGGUCAGGACGCGGACGCAGCUCAAAUGCGACUGGACCAUGCGAGAGCCGCGCUACAAGCCGUUCUUACUGAUCUCGCCAACCCGUCGGUCCCAGCGCACAAAGACGAGCUUUCCAGUAUCGACAAGGAAGGCGACAUCAGCAUGGCAGAUCGACCUAACGCCGAUGGUUCCAAUGGGGAUAUUGUCACUAUUCCCAUCAAUGUCGACGAUGAAUUGUCCGACAUUCCUGCUGAGAUGCGGGAGACUGUGGCUAAAGAAAUCGCCGCGUUUAGAGAUCGGAGUAAUCGCCGGGACAUUGAGCGGCUCAGACGAGAAGAGGAGAUUGAACUACAGGAACGGAAUCGGAUGAAUAAUGAACGAUUCAAUCGUCUCGCUUCACCGCCCCCAACUGCACCUUCUGGCCCAGCAGGAGGUGCUAAUGGCAUUCCAGUUGGCCCUCGUGGAGCUCCAGCUGGUCCCAAAGGCUUUGGCCAGCAGAUACCUCGAGAUUACCAAAAAGGAGUUACGUUUGUCAAUGGAACAGCGAUCAAUGGUGCGUCAGCGUUCGAAGACGAAGAUACGGAUGCAAGUGAUGAAGAGCUAGAGCGAAGGCGUAAAGAGAAGAAAGAUGCAGAGCAAGAAAAGCAUUAUCUCGAUCAAGAACGCAGAUGGCUGAAUCGUGAAAGAUCCCGGACGGCCGCUGUCGAAAGAGAGAAAACUCGAGACAAAGACGAAGCGGCUCGGCUUGAAGAUGAGAAACAAGCCAUGGCCAAACGACUUCGGGAAUGGGAUGAUGAUGUCGAGGCAAACCGCAAAGUUGAGGAAUACUACAGUGAUCGCAGUGUCUGGAUACGCAAUCGAAUCUCGUUCCGGCAGCGAGAAAUCCAGAAUGAUGAUGCCGAUCGAGCGUCGGAACAACGAGAGCGAGCACGAGAUGCACAACAGCAAGAACGAGCGGGUGCUAUGGCUGACGACUUCCUUAGUCGACAGGAAGAAGAAAUGUCCAGGCAAGACGAUGAGCAAAGUAGAUCGCAAGCAGGAGGGCUCUCGCGCCCAGAACCUGCCCGCUUCAAGCUUUCACUUGGCGCCGCUGCUCAAAGAGUCGCAGCACAGAGCGCAUCGCAAGCAUCAAAACGCACGGUUGUCGCGGAUGUCGAAGGCCUUCUGGAAGACGAGGAAGAAGACGCAUCUUCCAGUGCUCGUCGUACCCUCAUCCCUAUCGAAUUCGACAAGAACGACACCCUCGCCAUGUCGGAAGAAGAACGAGCUGCAGCGGCGCGCCAACUGGCCUCGGACAUUCCAAACGACAAGGAUGGCUUAUGGAACUGGAACGUCAAGUGGGACUUUGUGGAUGAGAGUGUUAUCGACGAGCGCCUCAAGCCCUUCGUCGAGAAAAAGAUUGUCGAGUACCUCGGCGUACAGGAGCAGAUGCUGGUUGAUGUCGUGGUGACGGCUCUGAGGAGGCGCGGGAAACCUGACGAACUGGUCGGCGAACUGGAAGGGGCUCUCGAAGAAGAAUCCGAAGUCUUGGUCCGCAAACUAUGGCGGAUGCUCAUCUUCUUCUCCGAAUCCGAGAAGAGAGGGCUUUCUGCUUAG